UGCCCACUGAGACAAAAGAGCGUGACGAAAGGAGUGGCGUGGCCAAUCAGCGGUGCGCGGGGGCGGCCUCCCUGCAAAGCCUGGGCCAGGAUGCUAAUGCCUGCCAGAGGGGGGGAACCUGCUUGGAGGGGGCUGCGGCAGACUGGUGCGGGAGCGGGCGCGGCGUCAAGUGCAGCUCGGACUCACGGACCUGGCCCAUUUACAUUUCACUCUUUCUUCCAUCCGCAUCCAGUUGUCCUCAGCAUGGAGGAGCAGAACAACUCUGCUGGGAAGGAGCUUCAGCACAGGACACGAACAGAAGUCCCAGGAAAGAAAAGCUGGCACUCACAGGCCUACACUCUGGGGGCCAUUUCCAACUUCCUGUCUACUUUUCUGACCUUUCCUAUCUAUAAGGUUGUGUUCCGGCAGCAGAUCCAUGCUAUGGCCGUGUCAGAGGCCGUGAGACAGCUUUGGCAUGAAGGCCCUCAGUACUUCUACCGGGGUAUCUACCCGCCUCUUCUCUCCAAGACCCUGCAAGGGACUCUGUUGUUUGGCACUUAUGAUAGUCUGCUGGGCUUUCUCUCCCCUGUUGGGCCACACUCCCUUGGACAGCGCUGGACAGCAGGGCUCAUGUCCGGUGUGGUAGAAGCUGUGGCACUCAGCCCCUUUGAAAGAGUACAAAACGUGCUUCAGGAUGCUCGCAAGCAAGCUUGUUUCCCUAGCACCUUCAGCAUCCUCAAGGAAUUCAAUUCUUACGGGCUUUGGGGGCGGCUGUCACUGGGCUAUUAUCGCGGUUUCUGGCCAGUUCUUGUCAGAAACAGCCUGGGAAGUGCUCUCUAUUUCUCCUUCAAGGAUCCUAUCCAGGAUGGCUUAGCAAGGCAAGGCCUGCCCCAUUGGGUUCCUGCUUUGGUGUCCGGUAGUGUCAAUGGGACGAUCACCUGCCUGGUUCUGUAUCCUCUGAUUGUGCUGGUUGCCAAUAUGCAGUCUCAUAUUGGCUGGCAGAGAAUGCCAAGCCUGUGGGCCUCUGCUCAAGAUGUGUGGGACACUAGAGGUCGAAAAAUACUCCUGAUUUAUAGAGGGGGGUCUCUAAUCAUUCUCAGGUCCAGUGUGACAUGGGGCCUCACUACUGCUAUCCAUGACUUCUUGCAGAGAAAGGCUCACACCAAGAAAGAGAUGAAAGACUGACGAAAUGCCGUGUGGCCAUGGCAUCUUUGUUCAAAGUCUUCACACAUUGGUUGUGUAUAGUAUAUUUCUUUGGCUUGGUUACCUAAAACAACCAUCAUUUAGUAUUUGUAAACUGUCGCUGCAUGGGAGACGCUCCUAACUUUUCACCUGUUAGUCACAGACAAAGCCUAUCAGGAUUCCGUAGUCAAAGAAAGAACGUCUCCCUAGUCUAUACACAGCUUCAGUAGCCUCGGAACCUGGAGCCUUUAAAUAAGCUGUAGCCCAGAUUAAAUAAAAUUCCUUUAAGGAAUCAUUUUAGUAAGAAGAAACUUUAAAAGAAGACCCUACUCGGGUACUGUGAGUCUGAGAUCCUUUCACGUGUCCUCCUGACCAAACCCAGUAGAACUCCAUUUUCAACGAACUGUACCAGACUUUAAGGAAAACUUUAGAGAUGCCUAUAUUUUCCUGACAUUGCUCACUGCCUCUACCACAGCCGCUCUCACUUCAAGCUACGUGUCCCACUAUCAGGGCACCUGGUCUGUUUUCAAAUCCUAGAUUAGGCUCACUUCAACCCAUCGGGUACCACAAGAACUGAUGAUGAUGUUGGAAAUGGGACUGAGAAGAGAUUUGGUGCCUGGAUGAAAAGAAUAAAGGCUUUGAGGCAAGAGAUUUAAUUAAUUUAAUUACAUGCCAAAUAGAGGAGACCUUUAGCUAUAGGUGGUGUGUUGUUAUCCAUUAGGACUAUUUUUUUAUACAUAUAGUAAAGUGAUUACAUUGCUGCCAAACCAUUUAUGUUUCCAUAAGGAACCUGGAACUAACAUGACCAUAUUUCUUCACAAUUAAUUGCUAAUUUUGUUGAUGCGGACAAUUAUAGAGUAACUACAGCAUAAUGAUCUUAGCCUGUCAUUCGGAGCCAUUGCCAGUUUGGUCCCCAUAUAACUCUCUGCGUAUUAUUACACCAUGUGCAUGGACUGCGUAGGCCAGUCAAAUGCAGUGCUAUUCUCUCUGCAAACAUUCCACGAUCUUACUCAAGACCAUUCUCUGGCCCACACUGUCUCCCCACUUGCACUGCUCUCCACCACACUAAAAGGCCCCCAGUUUCCAAAAGUCCAGCUCCAAUGCCACUACUGUCUGCAUGGAGCCCCUUCUCUAUAUUCCUCCACCUGAACAUGGCAUUAGUUUUGUGAUACCCCCUUCCAACAGUUCAUCAACAUGCACUGAUUCCAUUGUGGCACAGAUUCCAUGUGGCCCCAUGUUCUUGCUGUUCUUCGAUACCUCCUACUAGAUUGUAAACGUCUUGAAAGCAGGGAUUCUUGUAUGCAUUUUUAAAUCCUCCAUUGUGCCUAGGUGCUCAAUAAAGUUGCUGAAUUAUUGAAUCGAUUAUCAAGCUGUGAUACGGUCUAUAGCCUCAGGGUGCUAUCCCUAUUACAUGAAGAUAAUGUUACUGACGCAUUGUCAACAAGACACAUGCCUUUGCAAUGUGUUUGUGUUCUUUUGAU